CAAGUUCUUACUGUCAAUCUAGGGCGGGAUAUCAAUCGCGCACUGGGCAAGCAGGUCAGUAGGUCCAAUGACGAGCCCAGUGUGCAAGCACUGGAUUUUUCAGGAAUCAGAGAAAGAGGUGCUAGUUUUCGAACUGAUGGCCCUGUCUGAGGAUGAAGAUGAGGUGUCGGACGACGACGCGGAUAGCAACACCGAUGCGAUUGCCUUCACUCUCAAGGCCAUGGCAUGCCUUGACGAUGAGCAGCCGAAGAGGAAAGUUUGCAACCAUCCUCCGGAGGAGAAAAGGACAAAGCCUUCGCGGAGUCAGCAGGAAGCAAACAUAGAUGACUCCUGCAGCAAAGAAGGUUCCAAGGACAUGGACAGGACUCCCAUGACCCAGUUGCACAAGCAAGGAAAGUGCAUGCCAUGCCGCUACUUCCGCUUUCGCAAGGAUGGCUGCCGGCAGGGCGAAGCUUGCGCCUUCUGCCAUGAAUGUACAGCAGAGGAGUCCAUGGCAGGGCAAAAAUGGCUCAAGCAUCAGCACCAAAGGGAGAAGCGCAGACAGAAGCGCAGGCAGGCAUGGCAGUAACCAGGGCCACAUCUCGUGAGUGUUCCCAUGCCGUUCCUGCCGUUGUCUGGCAUUUCUGGGAGUCCAAGAACAGGUCCGGCCCACUUGGUUAAGCUCGAUGGCUUGGGAAAGGCAUCCAAUCUUUUCAUCGCCGACAUGGACUUCCAGGGCAGAUGCGCCUGCUCAACUUUAUUUAGCAGCCUCCUGCCUUGCCUUUUUAUUUGAUUGAUGCUGUGAGUCCUGCCACUGGAACUUUUGCACAGAGUAGGUCCGCUGUUUCUGUUUGAAGUUGUUCGCUCUGCCGACGAAGACGGGCAGUCAGCUCGUUUUCAGUGCAGAAACACUGUGCGCAGACUGUGCGAUGAUGCACGCCAUUGGCCUGUUGGUCAGCGCAUCAGCUAUUCGAGUUGCAGUGGACUCUAGCAUCAAAAGGGUGUGGCUGAACACAUAGGGGCCCA